AUGGUACUGAUACCAGAAGAUGUUGCAAAUGCCCAGGUCGAAGACGAUCUAGGAACCAUCAAAGCAUUAGGGCGAGUACGAGUGAGAGGACGGACAAUCAGUCUGAAGCUGGAUAGCCACAGAGUGCUAUGCGAGUCCAAAGAGAUGGUGGAUCCCAGCAAAGUCCUUCCUGAGCUGUUGCCUGAAGGUAAAACGAAAAGUUGGAGGAUUGUCAUUGCUUCUGAAAGUCAUGCUCCUCCCAGCCCAUUAAAGAGCUUAUUGGAGGAAACACAAGAGAGUGGCUCAGCUGAGUCUAUUAUUCGUGCAGUAGGUGAUUUGCUUACCAAGAUGGGGAAACCGUCAGGAGAAAACAGCAGUUACCGUCGACUGAGAGUGUUCUCAGGAACUGUGCCAACGCCAGUGGGAGAAGAGUCUCUUGAACAUUGGCUGGAACAUGCACACCUAAUGGUCGAGGAGAGCGAGUGUUCAAAUAAGGAGCAACGACGACGCAUCAUGGAAAGUCUGAAAGGCCCUGCGCUAGCAGUUGUAAAGGCUGUGCGGAAUGCUGAUCCAGAAGUUAGUCCUGCUGUGUGCUUAGAAGCCAUCGACAGUGCUUUUGGUUCUGCUGAGACUGGCGAAGACCUGUAUUUUGCCUUUAGAUUGCUAAAGCAGCAGCCAAAGGAGAAGAUGUCUGACUUUCUAAGGCGCAUAGAACUGUCAUUGACCAAAGUAGUUCGUCGGGGAGGUUUACCCACCAGUCGUACUUACCGUGCCCGAGUGGAGCAGCUGCUAAGAGGAGCUAUCCAUGCAGACAUGAUGCUUGUUCAGCUCAAACUCCGAGACAGAAAGGAAAACCCUCCAUCAUUCUUAGAACUGCUGAGUGAGAUCAGAAGGGAAGAAGAAUAUGAGUCAUCAAGGAUGAAGUUGAACACCUCUGUUCGAAGUGUCCACACAACUCCGACUACAGACAGUAGGCAGGAUGAUGUCGAGCGAUUGAGAACAGAAAUUCAGGAACUCAAGUCAAUGUUCACUGCCAUGAGUACUUUGCCUAGCCAGGUAGUAGCAGACCGCAAAAGACCUGAGGCUAUGACAAAGAUGCACACUCCAGCAAUAAGUAACCGAGAAGAAAAAAUAAAACCAGUGUUGAGAUUAACAUAUGAUGAACCUGGAAAGGCCAGUGAGCAACCUAUUACUAUAGUUCAUAGAGGAGUGACUAUUACAAUAGGCAAAAACUAG